UGGAUUGCAGUGAUUUUGUUACAAUUUGCUAAUAGUGGGUCCUGGGACUCAUUUUUUGAAAAAUUAUGAGUCCCAGUCCAGAAUCAAUGCAGUGCUGUCAAUUCUCCCGGAUAAUCUGGGAGACUCCAGGUUUUGGACCGCAUCUCCCGGUCUCCAGAUUAGAGUAUGAAAUCUCCUGGAUAAUCGCCGAAAGUUUGCCAUUUCUUUUUGACUCGACUCUCUGACAAUGAAAUUUCAAAUAUUUUGCGUUGUUUGAACUAUUUUAAUGUUAAAGUGUGAAAGGUUGGUCAUUUCAAAAGUAGGUUGAGUUUUAAUGGUAACAUUGAACGUUUCCUCGCAUACUCCGGUAUGCAAUGUUAAUACAAGCAAGAAAAUGUGAUUGGUCAAACUAUGUUGCAAUGCCAACAACAUCUGUUUUGAGCGUUUUGAGUCACUGCAAAAAAUAAUAUUCAAGACGAUUGGAAUGAACGAGUGUUUUUUGCACAAAUAACGUCAUGUGCCGUGCAUUGUAACGUCAUCUAUCAUCCCUUCCCUAUCAACUCUCAAUAUUUGUAAAUGUUGGGGGUUGACAGCCCUGCAAUGCAUCACAGUUCAAAAAACAAUGAGUCCUUACUCCUAUAUUAAAGGAUGCCACAACCCUCAUGAAACCAGACUAUCACAUUUAAUCUGUAGAACAUUAUCAAUAGAAAGCACUUACCUCUGUAAUACAUUAUAGUCAGUGUACUAAAAUCAAAUUACAGUCUUUCUAGCAAAAAAUAGAAAACAGUAACGCUUUCACUCUCAUCAGAAACUUAUCUUCAUUGUCCCGGCAUAAGAGCAAAACAUUUUUGGGUGGGAUUUUCUUAUUUUCAUACUAAGAGUAAUCGGAGCUUAGGAGAGUGCGUUCGAUAUGUUUGCUAGGCGUACAGGUAGCAGUUGAGGGGAAAGGGUGGAUGGUUCUUGCGAUAGAUAACUAUGGUUAUGGUAUAUUUUGAACGUAAGGGUUGCUUACAGAGAAACCUCGAUUUAAACUGUGUAUCAUAAUGAAAAGGUUUUGAAGGCUAGUGAUCAGCGUGAUAUCGUAUGGUUCGUCUGAAGUGAUUGUUAUUUGAGGAGACACUGGCCAGAGUACUUCAGGCGUAUAAAGAACUUUUUGUUUUACUGGCGCAGUAGAUGUUCUACAUGGCGCAGUUGUUAGAAGGCCGAUCAGAGCUUAACCAGGGUUCCUUUUUCUUUUGUUAAAAAACAUUUCUUUCGAUAAUUUUCUCAGUUAUUUUUAAAGGAACAGUAUCCCGUUACUGCGCAUGCGCCAAACUUUGAUUUUUGGACAGGAUGUCGCGAAAUCAAAAGAUGCGAGGAGAGUAAGAGAACCUUCAAAAAAUCCAUUUGCAUCGCGCUUGGCGGGGUUGAUACUACACUAAAACUUCUCAGGAUUACAGAUCAAUCACAUAUUGUUCCUGUUGAGUUUCGAUUUGGGCGAAAUCGGGAUUUUUGGCAUUACUUUUAUUGCCGUUGGCCAGAGAACCGAUUUUUUUCUUCACUUAAAUUUCACUGAUUAUUAAAGACUACUUUUGUAAACCUAAGCAUGUUAUUCAUUAUUUAUUUAACAUUGACUGACUGAAAUAUUAGCAAUCAGAAUGCCUUCCUUUAUGAUUUCUGAAAUUUUCUAAGUGGUGAGGUAUAGAAUAUACGAGCUCCCAUAGCGUGUCUAAAUUCACAAUUUCCCAGGUGAAGCGGGGUCGCUGUCUUAGCUAGUCCAGUGUUUUGGGGGCUGGAUCUUUGUAUGUCAUGAUGCCAUGCCUGCAUGAAGUGUGCACCGCCUUUUUUUCUUUUCAAGGCUUUCCAACCUUUGUUGGUCACAUAUCUCCAUACUGUUGUGCUCGAAACUUACCUUGCAGUCUUGUUGAAUUAUUAUGCAUAUACUUACAGCUUUUUCGAUAACAUUUUUCACACAGUUUGUUAAAAAAACCCGGCCAUCUACUCCUUGGUGUGUCUUGUAAGGUCUUUACCUUUGACCAGUUGUUCUCUCAUCGCAAAACAGUGUACACCUUCAUUUUUGUGAAAGAGUAGAGAAAAGAAAGCGCCAAAAAAACGAAAAUACAGCCUUAAGUAGAGCUAUCGGCUUACAAGAGUGUCCGUUAAGAGACCUUUCACUGUAAUCUUAAACUCAGUAGAUCACUUUCCCUUAUUUGGGCAGAUUUUUCCAGUAACACUGGAGAGGUCUAACAUAGAAAACCAUGUGUAAAGUUCUUUAUAAUGCCUUAAAGCAAUCAGCAGUCUUUGGACGCGGUUUGUUGAUGACUGUCACUGCUUUCAGUUUUUUAUGUAAAAAAAUAAGUCAACCAAACUUUUGUGUCAACAAGACUGUGAAGACAAAGGAGAUAUACUGUACAUGGUAACACCUUAUGAAAGACAAGGCAUGCUUAUAACUCUCAGUGAUUGUGCAAAUAUAAAUGCAAAAUGACUGAACUUGCUGGACUGUACCUUAGGCUAGAGAGUGCCAUAUUUUAAUUUCAGACAUCAUUAUUUUGAUCCAUAGGGGGUAUUCAUUGUUAGGCAAUAAAGAUGUCACCAUUUAUUGCUUUUUUGUUGUAGAUAACAUUUAUAUUGAAGUCGAUGAAAGGUACAAGGACCUAAAAGAUGCAUUUGUUAUUGGAGUAAGCUGGUGAGGUCUUUAUGAAGGGGUUAUACUUUAAAUUGCCAAGGUCACCUUAAAAACAUACUUUUGUAAAUAUACAAUGUUGUUAUGAAUGUAUGAAUGUUAUGAAUGUAUAAUAAUAUUGUUGUUGACAGUGGAUGAUUAAGUCUCCUUCUUUACCCAAACGUCUCUCAUCUUUACCAAACAGCCCUUAUCACAUGGUGUCCUCUCUUUGACAGGUGAAUAGAAUCUUCUUUUAUAGGUUAAAAAACCACUGGAUUUCCGGGGUCAUCAGUCAGUUAAUGCAAAGACCAUUUGUCGAGAAAGUGAAACAAAACAAAGCAAUUGAGACCAAGGGAGACAAGUUACUAAUAGCUGUUAAGAGAUACAUGUACUGUCAAACUCCUGAAAGGAAACAUCCAAAGGGCUGAAACCCACUAAUGAGAGUUGUACCAUUCGGUUCAUUCCGAGCUAGGAGCAUGUAUGCUGACACAUCUACUUAUUUACUUAAAAGGGUAUAAAUUGUGUACAGUUUCCUUUUACAAUCAAGCCCUGUUAAUACGGACACUGAAGGGACUGCAGAAAGUGUCCAUAUUAAUAGGGUGUCCGUAUUAAGCGGGUCAUGUUAUCCAAGUCAGAAAAAACUCUUUUACCUCAACAAAAUACCAAAGAAGUAAAAGAGGACAUAAGCAUUGUGAAAUUAAACUUCUCUAACUUUCAAAGAGCCGUCAUUACGUGAUUUAAGUAUGCAGAAACACCUAAAAAUCGCUCAUUUAGGGACCGAUCGCUUAUUACGUCCCGGAGGGAGGGGGGAUGGGGGGCAGGGGUUUUGGAGGAGGAGUACAAUUUUCUAAGAGACUUGAUUUUGGGGGGUCAAUUUUGAAAAUGCACAAAAUGUUAGGGGGUCGAAAUAUUAAGACACAGGGCUGGCCUUCGAGGUAAAAGUUGUCAAACUAUAUUAUGAUUGAAGCAAAUCCAUGUUUCCUUCAGAAGUAGACAAAAAAAUUUGCCUCAGUGUUUCUUUAUCAGCAACAAAAUGUUAUCCGUAUAAAACUUGGCCCAGAAACCUAUCAGCUAUUUCUGCUACCAGGACUGUACCAUGCAUGUACGCACAUAUGCCUAUACAUACAGUUGAAGUCUGGAAAAAAUAUGUAGAUUUUUUUUAUUUCCUGAGAGCAUUUUUAUCAUUAAAUUGGGAUAAAUAUUUGGCAUAAUAUUAGUGGUUUUGUGUUAGGACUUCCUUUAAGUGGAGUGAAAUGGAUCCGAAUGUGAAGCCACAGACCUUGGUUGAGACUUUUGACCAAGGCAACUAUAAUUCUAUCCAGGAGUAUAAUGUAACUCUCAUAACUUUGUUGACUUUAUCCUGUGUCAACAUGCACAGCUGAGUGUAGCUUCAGCGGCAUGGAGAGACUGCAAACUCCUUUACGAAGAACCAUGACAGAGGAGAGACUGAGCUUUCUUGCAAUUCUGCACAUACACAAGCACAAGGAUGUAAUUGAUAUUGAUGGCAUUAUAACAGAGUUUGCCCGUCUAAAGGGUACACAUCUCGCCCUUUGCUUGUAACGCCUUUGAUGGCGUCACUGUUUUACCCUUUUUUACCGUAAACAGUCUGUACCUUACCGAUAACACUAGAGAUAGAUGGGUAAAGUAAACAACUAAUUACUACAUUUUAGUUCGCCUUUAUUUACAGAAACUGCCCUGCAAAAAACGCAGGAGAUGGCAUUUCCGAGACCCCAAAUUUCAAACUUUUCUAGGGGAGCAUGCUACCAGACUCCCUCAGGUUUGGCGUGCCUUCGGCGUGCUAACUUUUCUCCCCCUGCGUGCACCUUCAAAAUCUCACGCUACGCUACCAACUACUAGCUUAUGAAAUCAAUGCCCAAGGUUGGAAGAAGAGACUUGGUCUAGACGGGGUUGGAGGGUGGGGGGGGGGGUGCAUUUAUAAAAUUGUUAUUGCCAAGGGGGGUACAAUUUUCAUAUGUAAUUAUUUGGGGGGGGAGGUGAAGUUUUGAUACACCACACUUUUCUGAACCCCUCCCCUGGGACGUAAAACACGAUCAGUCCCUUAUAUUAGUACUUAAUCAAAACCCUUCUCUGCAUAACUCGUGCGAUGACAAAAAUUGACUCUACAAAUCAUCUUGUCCUGUGUAUGGUAGCUCUGGGAUUAUCGACAUGCUGUCAACUGAAGGAUUUUUACCUUCAAGAAGGAAAGGUUUAUUACAGCACACAUUUAAUAAUGAAAUGUCCUCAUUAUCAGGGUUGGCUUUCAAUGAGAAUUUGUUGACUGGGUAAGAAAUAAGUGUCCAUUGUAAGAGCUUUGCCCAGGGACAAAGAAAACUGUCUGUAAUAACGAGGUGCCCAUGUUAAGUAGGUGUCCGUAAAGUGGGGUUCGAUGGUACAUACAAGUUGCACCAUCUUAUAACAUGUCAAAUUUAAUUUCUGGUUUAUUUUGAUGAAACCGAGUUUAUUCUAAGAGUUUCUGUUCAAUUCUGUACCCUUAUUUAUAGAUGAUAAUGUUUAAGUGAUCAUCUGGGGUGUUCAAGCAAAUGAAAAACUGUUUACCCACAUAAAAGUGGUCGUGGUCAGUUAUGACAGCCCGGGGUUUGCUUUACCAGAUCACUUUUUUAAUUCAUAAUUACUCAGUUUUCCUGUAAUCAUUGGUAAGGUUAGUGAUUGGGAACCAAUGUUAGGAAAAGCUAUGAAUGAUAUGAUCAAUUUUAUCUUUUGAUGACCAUCAUAGCCUUGUUAUGACCAUCAUAACCAGGGCAGGAUUAGCUCAGUCGACUCAGUAGAGUGCUUGACUGCAGGGCAGGAGGUCGCAGGUUUGCCUGCGGCCGGACCAAUAUUCAUUGUCUUAAAAUAACUGAUAAAUGAAGGUACUACCUUUGCCCUGCAUGCAAACGGCUAGACCUUCGCAUGGCUCGGAUAGCCAUGUAAAAUGGUAGUCCCGCAGUGUCCUUAAACUAGUGCUUUCUUGCUAAAUACUUUGGUACUCAAAUCAUAAUGUGAAUUUUUUUUUGCUUCUUCUUUCUCGUCUCUCUUUCUAGGAUGAACCUUGCAGAAGUUGUUCUGAACUUCUUCACAUUAGCAUUGGUAAGUAUACAUUGUACAUGUUUAUCCUUUUUAUGUAAAAUAUAUUUACCAGUACAAAUUCUACCUCUAAAAUGGCAAAUGUUUUUAGGGCUUAGGGUUUAACAUCUUACUCUAAAAACAGAAAAUUAAUUUUGUUGGUGCUAGACACCUGGCCGCUCUCCAAAGUGAUUUUUUUGCGGGGGUUGUGGGCUGGGUGGGGAAAGGAGCGCUGGGAAGGAGCGCUGUGUGAAAACUAAAAACGGCUGCGAGGGAGGCUAUAACAGAACUUGAGGAGAGAUUUUUGUAAAGCACCUCCACCUUGUUUAUAAAUUUUUUCCCAUGUAACUAUCUUUUUUUUUUUGCUGAUAACAAUGCAAAGGGGAACAUGUGUAAAGGGUGAACAGGGGGUUUUACCCCCGGCCUUUUUAAGCUCAAUCUAUAUCUUUCAAGUUUGACCCCAGACUCGACACGCCAUUGAUAUCCAAAAAAUUCUUUGUGAGUGCUUCCUUUGUGUUCCAGUCUUUAUCACCCAGGACUCCGUAAUUAAGAGCACAAACAGUUUGUAUAUAUAACGGGUCUAAAAUACUUUUGCCGCGAAGGGUAGGUCAUCCUCUUUGCGCUGAAAGAGUUUUCAAUACUGGAAAUCGUCGCUCUAAUCAUAAAAACUGAGGGAGGGCCCUGGCCUCAAGUUUAGGAACUUUGUAAAUCCUAAAAAUGUUCAAGAACAGUGCAUGAAUGGAGUAGGGAAAUUGGGUUUAUCCCACUGUGGCAUCCAUUUUAGAAAGUCUCUAAAUGUUAAUAGACUGUCCAUAAGUUAGUCGAGCGAGCGGCGUAAACCCAGCAAGAAGAGCACAGAAAGUCAGCCAAGCGCCACCAAAAUUGAUCGCCAAGGGCGAGAAAGAGGAUCGAAAUUGAGAUUUUCCUAAUCGCAAAAGUCUAAAAUGUUAGUUGAUAUUAUUUUUCUUCCUUUUCUUUAUAGCAUGUAAGUGGAAAAGCAGGACUGUCCAUAGUGCUUACUUUCAUGGUAUCUACAAUGACGUGGUCCAAAACAAUCCUGUACUUUCUCCUCAGCACGUCGCUUUGUGGUGGUCAGCACUACAUCAAUCACAAUGACUGGAGAACAACAAUAUUGUUGUACAUAAUCCCAAAUGGCACCUGGAUUAUUAUUCCAUUUCUCUGCAUGAUAGCUACAGGAAGAAAAAUGCUGGUUUUCAUGGAGAAUAAUGAUGCAAAAGCAAAGAAGUCUCGUUAAUCUUUUUGUGUCGUACUUUCGCGGUACUUGGAGUCUUAGGCCCGGUUCAGACGCCGUACUUUUCAUGAGCCGAACCUAAUACAUUGAAUUA